AUGUCGCUCGCCAACCGUCGUUCGGGCGCGCCACACGCCCUCCGCAUCCCAGGGGCCCCGGCCACUCUUCCCUCACGCCAUCUCUCAACCAAAUCAACCGCUCCCCAACUCUGCACGUACGGCCUCCAGCUUUCCUCGCUGCACAUCGAGCCAUCCGAUCCUCCAGCAAUCAAGAAGAAAAACAGCAAGAAGCCCGUCGAGAACCAUGAGAAGCUCCUCGUCGGCCGCGACCCGAGGUGGGCCCAUUUCCACUUCAACGGCUCGUCGGCACUAUGGGCCGUCCACCUUCUUGACCACAUUGAGCAGACGUUCCCGCUGCAACCGAUCAUCGCGUUAACGCCCCAUUGCAAGAUAAUCAGAGGAUGGGAGGCGCACAUUGGGGCGUUUGACAUCAGCCACCCCUCGCGUCUGGAGGGCAAACCCUGGCUUUUCCCCCGCGCCGCUCUGACGUGGUGGAGCGAGAGCUACACUGAGCAGCUGAAACGCCUGUUCCCAAGGGAAGACAUCGUGUUCCUCCUCCACAGGGCCGAAGAGGUGAUCGCAUCACUCAAGGCGGGCGACGACGAAUUUCGCAACCUCAAGGAAAGCCUGUACUGGUUGAUGGCCGAGAGCACCCCAAGCAUCUGCUCCUCGGUAGCGAGCACACACACCUUCUCCCUGUCCACUUCGGUCACAUCCAACCCGUCCACAAUCGCUGACAAAUACACCCGAUCUGUCCUACAAUCAUACUCUGUUAGGAUAACGGCCUUGCGGACAAUGUUCAGCGCCAUCCACCGCCUCCCGGCUCUGCUCGUCGUCAUCCGCUCCUUGUUACAGUACCUGCGUGUCCGCGCUCGGUCAGAGUGCGCCGCCAUUGCGGCUCGCGAGCGGAAGCGUACAAACACAGUAUUUGAUGGGCAGGUGAUCGAGCGUCUUGGUGAGAUGGCUUGUUGGCACGUUGCGCCCGAGGAGCGGCUAGAGGAGCUUGAGGGACUGGCAGUGGAGUGGUUUGAGUGCGGGGAACGCUGGAUGCGUGAUCUCGGACGCUUGGCCGACCUAAUCGACUGCCGUCUGGGGACUGAUUAG